AUGGCAAGAAGACAACCUACAAAACCUGUAAAUGAUUUGAUAAAAUUUUGGUCUGAACAAGAGGAAAAAAAAAAAGAACAAUCAAUAACAUCACCGAUAGCAAGAUCUCCUACACAUAGUAAAACUUUAUCUCCAAAUGCAUCUACUCCUUCUUCUCCUAGAUCAGAUUAUUUCUCUCAGCAGCAACAAAACCUACAUCAAUUAAACACCAAGUUAUCACCUACAACUUCUCCUCAUAAUAAAAACUCGCAUUUCAACAAAGAUGAUCUGGAUAAUAUCAAAUCAUCGUCAGAAAAUCCUCUUUCUAUAGUUCCUCUUAAAUCUAUACCACCCGUACCGCCGAAAGGUUCUUACGGCUUGAGUACACUUGAACAAAAUCAGGCUUUACCUUUAUCUCCAACUAAAAAGGUUUCAAAUUUAGUAUCUCGUUUUGAAAAGGUUACUCCUCCUCCUACAUCUCCAACAGCAUUAUCACCAACAAAAAGAAAUUUCACGACUCCUGAACCAAUAUCAUCUCCUACUAGAUUGCAACAGCAAAAAAGUAGGCCAUCAACAUCACCACUUUCAUCAUCUUUUGAAUUUAAUUUGCCAGAGUCCAUAUUUACUUCAAUAUCAUCAAUUCCAACUGAAUCCAAAACUGUUUUAAAAUUAAAUGGUGAUAAUAGCAACAAUAACAAGAACGAUAAUGAUGGUUUACCAAUAUCAAUUAAAUCAAAAGAUUUGCAAAAUCCUAAAUAUAAAAGUUUACCUCUAUUAGGAAAGGCCUCUUCAACAUCUGCAACUAACGACCUGUCAUUGUCAUCAUCAAAUUUUGAUGAUGUUUUCAACGAAAUCACGCCAUUUUCUUCGUUUUGCUGA